AUGUGCAAAUAUUUUGCUGCAAGCUUAGCAGGUGAAGCUUUGAAGUGGUUUGAAGGACUACCUAUAGAAUCUGUUAGUUCGUUUCAUCACUUACAAAAUAUCUUUUUGGGGCAAUACGUAAGUAAUAAUCCAUCAAGACCAGGGAUUGAGACUGCAUUCAGACUUCGCAGAAGAACAAAUGAGAGUUUGCGUCAUCCAACGACGCGUUGGAGAACCAUGUUUAGUGAAAUGGGAAGACGGGUGGAUGAGCGACAUCUUAUUCUUGCAUUCAUUAACGCUCUCUUUGCAACAGAUCUAUUAUACACCCAAAUUUUCAGAAUAAAGGAUACAAUAACAAUGUCGGAGCUGCGCGAAUUUCAAGAAGAAUACAUAGCACUUGAGGAAAAGCAAAGAGACAUGGAGUCUUACCCUGUCGCAAUAUCUGAUUCGAAAGGUGGAAAUACAAGUUUACUUCCGAGGCUGACAAAUGAUAUUGUGAGUACAUCGCAAGGAAAUCACGGAAGAAAUAGUGCACAAAUGGAACAAAAGUUAGUGGCUAUGGGCAGUGCAGAUCAAGCAGAGUUUGAUAAAGAGUACAAAGACAAGCAACUUCAAAAUCUUGGAGGUACUGAUGCAUUUCAACCAGGAAGUUUUGCAGGACAACAAACACAUUAUAACAAGAAAACUGGAAGGAUGCCAAGGAAUUUGCCACCACAACCACCUCAAGGAAAUACGUAUGCAAAGGAAAAGGACAGGAAUACAUUUGUUAUUGAAGUGGGUGCGAAGGAAAAGAAUUUAUAUUAUGAAAUACCAGGAGGAGGAGAAUCGCAUGAGUGUCCACUGGUGGUGCGAUUGGGAAUUAAUCUGAAGCCAUUGGAAGAAGAUGAGGAAAAAAAUAAGAAAAACACCUGGGCGAUAAAUAUGAUACUUAUAGAUACUGGCAGUUCUGUAGAUAUUCUGUUUUAUCAUACAUAUAAAACAAUGGGUGGAAGAGAUGAUGAGUUAAUCCCUUCAAUAUACAAAAUCUAUGGAUUGGAUAUUGAAUCGCCUUAUAAUGCUCUCAUUGGAAGACCAUGGAUGCAUGGUAUAUUAGCUGUUGCAUCAACAUUUCAUCAAUGCAUCAAGUUUCCUUUACCUCAGGGUGUUGGCAUUAUAAGAGGAGAUACAGUUGAAAGUAAAAAUUGCCAAGAAAUUGAUGUUGACAAAUGCGAAGUAUGA